CUUACUUUUUGACAGUUGUCAGUCAAUUCAGUUGACGUAGCAAAGUUGUACCCCGAUUUUUGCUGUUUCUAAAAGUUACAAAAUGAUUACUGUUCUAAAUACAAUCGAUACAGGCCACGAAGAUAUGAUACAUGAUGCAGAACUGGAUUAUUACGGAUUGAGAUUAGCCACAUGCUCUUCAGACAACUCUGUCAAGAUUUACGACAUCAAGAAUGGAACACAAACUCUUGCAGCUGACUUGAAGGGUCAUUUCGGCCCGGUGUGGCAAGUAGCUUGGGCACAUCCUAAAUUCGGCAAUUUGCUGGCAUCAUGCUCUUACGACAGAAAAGUUAUUAUUUGGAAAGAAUCUGGAGAAUGGACAAAAUUGUAUGAAUACACCGGACAUGAAAGUUCUGUAAAUUCAGUUGCGUGGGCGCCAGCUGAUUACGGCCUGAUAUUGGCAUGUUGUAGUUCCGAUGGCUCAAUAUCUAUUAUAUCAUAUGCACAAGAUAGUGGUAACUGGGAUGUAAAGAAGAUCCCCGGAGCGCAUGCUAUCGGCGUCAACUCUGUGAGUUGGUGUCCCGCUAUCUCUGCAGACUUGAACCUGGACCCACUGAGCAAUAAGGAGGCACCAAAGAGAAUUGUUUCUGGUGGAUGUGACAAUCUCAUAAAGAUAUGGCGUGAACAAGGAGACCAGUGGGUUGAAGAAAACAGGCUAGAAAUGCACAUGGAUUGGGUCAGAGACGUCGCCUGGGCUCCUUCACUUGGGCUUCAGAGAUCAAUGAUUGCUAGCUGUUCCCAGGACAAGAGAGUGGUCAUCUGGACCAGCGAUGAUAAUGUAUCUUGGACACCUACCAUCCUCAAUGUGUUUGAUGAUGUUGUAUGGAGUGUGAGCUGGUCUUUAACGGGGAAUAUCCUUGCGGUGUCUGGUGGAGACAACAAGGUCAGCUUAUGGAAGGAAAGCAGUGAUGGCCAGUGGAUAUGCAUCAGUGAAGUUGCCAAAGGGCUAGGGCAAACACCUAAUGAUGAGAGGAGUACACUCUGAACUUAAUAAUUUUGGUUAAUGUAAUGAAUUUUGUAUUAAUGAGUAAUAUAAUGUUGAAUAAAAUUGUGAUUACUA